AUGGGUCAGGGCAAAAGUCAAUUUUCAGAAGAAGAACUUCAAGAUUACGAAGACCUUACAUAUUUUACUAAAAAGGAAGUUUUAUACGCUCAUCAAAAAUUUAAAGCCUUAGCUCCAGAAAAAGUAGGGCAUAAUAAAAACGCUAAAUUGCCAAUGGCCAAAAUUCUACAGUACCCAGAAUUAAGAGUAAACCCAUUCAGAGACCGAAUAUGUAAAGUGUUCAGUUCAAGCAAUGACGGUGACUGUACUUUUGAGGACUUCCUGGAUAUGAUGUCUGUAUUCAGCGACACAGCCCCCAAGGCUGUUAAAGCAGAGCAUGCCUUUAGGAUAUUUGAUUUCGAUGGUGAUGACAUGAUUGGAGUGUCUGAUUUACGUGAAGUUAUCAAGCGCCUUUGUGGACCAGAGCACAAACUUAGUGACUCUGAAAUCCAACAGCUUGUCCAAAAUGUCCUUGAAGAAGCUGAUCUAGAUGAUGAUGGAGCGCUUUCUUUUGCAGAGUUUGAGCAUAUAAUAGAUAAAAGUUCUGACUUCUGCCAAUCAUUUCGGAUAAGGCUG